CCUGCAGUGAUGCCAUAAUACUGAAUUUUGGACAGCCCCUAACAUUACCAUGGCAACAGACUGAUGUCAGAGACUCAAGGACAUGACUUCAAUGCACGAUCAUGCAGAGGCAGAAUCUGGUUUGUGAGGGAGAAAGCUGACUAAUGCACAUCUGAAAAGCAAGCAAGGGGGGGGCGGGAAUGCAGGGUACAGCUGACCGAGCGGGAUGCUUCAGUAGGAAAAUUCCCCGCUUAAAAAGGCAAAUGUGAGUCUGGUCACAUCUUAAGGUAAGAACACGCUGCUUGGAGAUCUUCUCAUAGAGUGGAAAAGCUGGCAUCCUGCAGUUUCUAGGUGGCAGAGACGCAGUGAAACGCUGCGUGGGGCAGGAAGAGCGGAUGAGGGAGCCUGGAGCGGAAAUAGAGAUGGAUUGGCUGUGACAGCGUGCCUUAGCCGGGGAGGCAGUUAUGAUGAAGAGUUCCUGCAGAGCUGGCCUCCACAGGGAACCUCUGAAUUCCACAUCCUCCACCGUCCACCACGUCAAAAGGGUUACUGGCAUGCACUUAAAGCCAUAUCUCAAGUUACAGAAGAGAGAAAGAUCUCUAGAAAUAAGCCAAGACUCCCUGAGAGCCCCACACAUGAACCGUCAGAGGUCGCCACAAGAGAAGUAUACAAACAAUUGCACCAAAGUGAGCAUUUUGCCGAAACCUUCCAGUGCGACACCAUCUCGGAAGCUUUUGGGAAUUCUUUACCCUAAUACUAUGUGCAAUACAAGCGGGAAACCUCCAGCUGAAGGCCCAAGCCCCCGAGAGAAAAAGAGCACCCUGUCUGCAACCAUCCAUCAGGGGGAUGAAGGGGAGGGACCACUGGAUGUUUGGGCUGUGGUGAAGCCUGGGAAUACCAAGGAGAAAAUUGCUUUCUUUGCAGCCCAGCAAUGUAGCAAUAAUCGGUUAGGCUCAAUGAAAAUUAAAAGCACCUGGGAUAUUGAUGGCAGAGCAGCCAAACGGAGGAAAAAAUCAAUAGACCUUAAGAAAGCAAAGAUUCAGUUGGAAAGGAUGAGAGAGGCUAACGCAAGGUGCUCUCAGCCUGAGCCUUUUGCAUGUGGCAUUGAACAUUGUUCUGUGCAUUACGUGAAUGAGAACGGUGAUGGGAUAGUUCCAGGUCGAUCUCUAUCUGUAAUAGAGAUGGUGGCUUUUCUGGAACAAAGGGCAAGCGCUUUGCUGGUGGACUGCACCAAAACCUGCACAAAUGCCACUUCAACCCGGUUGACUGGUCAACCCAAAUGUGCUCCACCUGCCUCGGACCCCUUCUCCACCGUUGGCACCUGUGAGGAACAUCCCGAGAAGGAUGCUUGUGGGACCGGCGAGCAGCAGAAUGAGCCCGUGCGGGUGCUGGACAUGGUUGCAAAGCUGGAAUCGGAGUGCCUGAAACGCCAGAGCGAGCGCGAAGCGGGGAGUCUGUCUAGAAACAACAGUUUCCGGAGGAACGUGGGGCGGGUGUUACUGGCAACUAGCAUGCCGGCCGAGAGCGAAACAGUGAAGGCAUCUUCCGAAGCCCUUGAUCAGGAGGUAAGUUUAGAGGAUCCUGUGACGGCGGAGGAUGUUGGGCAGAGAACAAAGCGUGGCCCUUUGGUUGACAGUGAAUUAUGGGAAGUCGCUGCUUCUGAACCACAGUCCUUGCCAGUGCUGGUGGAUGCCUGUACGGUGAACACGGACUUUGAGCUGGCUCGAGACCCCUCGGCAGCAGCGAGCAGCAGGUACAGCUCUGAAAGGCUGAGAGAACCUCUCGUCUCUCCCCCUUCAGCACGCCCAAAAGCUGCUGGGCUGCUGCCACCUUCCUUCCAGAGCAAGAGUGUUCUCAAUUGUACGUCCGAGCCUGUAACAACUGCUAACCCACGUUCUCCUCCCGUGAGGAAGGAGUCCUUAUGCAUCAGCAUAUCUGCCACCAAAAGCGAGAAGGGAUGCAGGAAAGACCAGCUGUUUCAUUUAAGCUCUGGUGGGGAAGAUUCACUACCAGGGAGGCUCUUCUUUCCCCAGCCUGCUCGACAAACCAAUCGGGAACAUAAACAGUUGAGGGAAGGCACUAACAAAACCCCACAAGCAGCAGCCCAGCGGGAGGAUGCUUCUGAAGAUGAGUGUGUGUGUGUGAACAGCAUUUCCACAGAGCCAUUUACCCUCCCAGUAGCUCUCCCAGAAAGUGCUUUGCAGGUACUUGACCCUUCCUGUUUAAAAAAGCAGGUGUCUCAUGACUUUUUGGAGACCAGGUUUAAAAUUCAGCAGCUGUUGGAGCCUCAGCAGUACAUGGCCUUCCUGCCCCACCACAUCAUGGUCAAAAUUUUUGGAUUGCUUCCCACUAGGAGUCUGGUGGCCCUUAAAUGUACUUGUUAUUACUUCAAAUUUAUCAUUGAAUUCUACAAUAUAAGGCCAGCAGAUUCCCGCUGGGUCCGCGAUCCCCGCUACAGAGAAGAUCCCUGCAAGCAGUGCAAAAAGACGUAUGUGAAAGGGGAUGUGUCACUGUGCCGAUGGCAUCCUAAGCCAUACUGUCAGGCUUUGCCAUAUGGGCCAGGAUAUUGGAUGUGCUGUCACAGGUCUCAGAAGGGCAUCCCUGGAUGCAAAUUAGGUCUUCAUGACAAUCGUUGGGUUCCUGCCUGCCAUAGCUUUAACCGUGCUAUUCACAAGAAAUCCAGAGGAGCAGAAUCAGAAGAAGAAUAUUAGUGCACAUACACUUUCUUGUGAGAUGUUAUCCUUGGUAGGAGGAAAUUCUUAUGCCUUGUGCUGUUUACAGUGUAUAUAAUUGUUGUGGUUUUUUUUCCCCACAGGGCUAUGAAACUGCACAUACUUAAACACGAGAGCCUUUACCUUUUAGAUUUAAAGAUUAGCUUUUAGCCCCAUCCAUGUAAAUAACACUAUAAAAAAAACUAAUUGUACAUAUAGAGUCUACAGCUGGCUGAACAACUUUAAUCACUACAAUGCAGCUAUGAUAGUGUUGCGGCUACAGUUGUGUGUGUUUUUAAGUGUCUUGUUCCAAAAUCUGUAUAUCCUGUAUAAUAUAUGAAUGUUUCUGGGAAGAAACUCUAAAUAGGUAAAGGUCAACUUGUUUAAAGGAUCGUCAAAUGAAUUAACUGGACAACCUUUAAAAUUAGGCUAGAACAGAUAUGUCAUGGUAGUGUGGCAGUGGACAAAAAGAGAAGAAUAUUAUUGUAUAGUCAGAAUAUAAAAAAGUUCUUGUCUACCUUA